AGACAGGAAACCUGCAUCCUGCCUGACGAUGUUCAGCCUGGGUAGCAUCCCCUGGUCCUGCCAGCGGGCUCAUCCCAUGGGAGCCCGAGGCAGGACUAAAGGCAGGGAGCCCACGGCUCGGGCUCCCACGGGGUGAGAAGAGGGGAGGCAACCCGUGUGCUCCCUCUAGGCGCCGAAGAAGGAGCCCCCGGAGGAUCAGGCAGAGAUGGAGAAGCCUGCUCUCCAGGUUCAGAUGCUGAUCGCCUGCUGCUGAAACCAGAAAUUAGCUUGUCUGCCUGAGGAUGUGGCUGCUGCCUUCGAAAGAAGCUUCGGGAGAAAUCUGCAGAUUGCCAGCUUAGCGAUGCUGCCAACAGCUUCCAGCAAAAGAAGAACCUUCGCUGCCAGAUACUUCACCCGCUCCAAGAGCCUGGUGAUGGGAGAACAGAACCGGAGCCCAGGGAGGCCCCUGGCCCCCAACAAGCUGGGCCCUGUACUCAAGGCCGGCUGGCUGAGGAAGCAGAGGAGCAUCAUGAAGAACUGGCAGCAGCGGUGGUUCGUGCUACGUGGGGAUCAGCUCUUCUACUACAAAGACAAAGAUGAGAGCAAGCCCCAGGGAUUUAUUUCUCUACAAGGGACACAAGUGACCGAACUCCUUCCAGACCCUGAGGACCCAGGGAAACACCUGUUUGAGAUCACCCCAGGUGGUGCCGGGGAGCGGGAGAAGGUGCCGGCCAACCCUGAGGCGCUCCUGCUCAUGGCCAGCUCCCAGCGUGACAUGGAGGACUGGGUGCAGGCCAUCCGCCGUGUCAUCUGGGCCCCACUGGGCGGAGGGAUCUUUGGGCAGCGGCUGGAGGACACAGUGCACCAUGAGCGGAAGUAUGGUCCCCGUCUGGCGCCUCUGCUGGUGGAGCAGUGUGUGGACUUCAUCCGGGAGCGAGGACUCAGUGAAGAGGGGCUCUUCCGUAUGCCCGGCCAGGCCAACCUGGUGAGGGACCUGCAGGACUCCUUCGACUGUGGGGAGAAGCCUCUGUUUGACAGGUCCCCCUUUUGUCCCAGCACCACAGACGUGCACACAGUGGCCUCCCUGCUGAAGCUCUACCUUCGGGAGCUCCCAGAGCCUGUCAUCCCUUUCGCCAGGUAUGAGGACUUCCUCAGCUGCGCCCAGCUGCUCACCAAGGACGAGGGGGAGGGGACUCUGGAGUUGGCUAAACAAGUGAGCAACCUUCCUCAGGCCAACUACAACCUGCUCAGAUACAUCUGCAGGUUUCUGGAUGAAGUGCAGGCCCACUCAAAUGUCAACAAGAUGAGCGUCCAGAACUUGGCAACAGUCUUUGGCCCUAACAUCCUUCGGCCUCAGAUAGAGGAUCCAGUGACCAUCAUGGAAGGCACGUCUUUGGUUCAGCAUCUGAUGACUGUCCUCAUCCGCAAACACGGACAACUCUUCACCGCCACCUCCCUCGAAGAACCUGCUUUACCACGUGCUACUGCCCAGAGUACAGUGGAGUGGGGCUCUGAGGAGGUCACCAGGGAUCACCAGGGGGAGCCUGGUAGCCCUGGCUUGCCCACACACAGGACCUCAUCUCUGGAUGGGCCAGCUGCAGCAGUACUCUCUAGAACUUCUCCCCCACGCCUUGGCAGCCAGACCGGCCCGGCGGCCACCAGCCCUGGGAAGAGGAUGCAUACUUUGCCUGGCUGGAAGUCUUCCUUUCGGCAGGGGUCACGGUCAGAGAGCCCAAAAGGGGGCGGGUCAUCCUUAGAGGUACCCAUCAUCUCCUCUGGUGGAAACUGGCUCAUCAAUGGUCUAUCCUCUCUGCGUGGCCACCGUCGGGCUUCAUCGGGGGACCGGCUCAAGGAUGCAGGCUCAGUACAGAGACUCUCCACCUAUGACAAUGUGCCCCCAUCCAGCCACUUUCCUAGCACGGCCAGCAUGGCCAGCAUGGUGUGGUCUGCAGCCUCAUCCUCCCGAGAGGCCUCUGUCAGCAGCUGUACGGCCUGCCGGGCCAGCGACUCUUCUGCCUGCAGCUCCUUGCAUACCGAGUGGGCUCUUGAGCCCUCUCCCCUCCCCAGCAGCAGUGAGGACCACAAGUCACCAGACCUGGGCCACAGCCUGGAUGAGGCAUGUGCGGGCAGUGGCAGCAGUGAGCCCAGCGACCCAGGCAGCCCCCCGCACGCUCAUGUCCGCCGCUGCCGGGCUCUCCAAGGCCAGGUGGCCGCGCUCAGGGCAGAGCUGUGUCAACAGAGGAUUGAGUACGAGAGGAACCUGCAAAGCAUCGAGGAGGGCAGUGCUGACCUGCGGAAGCAGAUGUCUCGUCUGGAAGAGGAGCUAGACCAGGAGAAGAAGAAGUACGCCAUGCUGGAGAUAAAGCUGCGGAACUCAGAGCGAGCGCGUGAGGACGCCGAGCGCAGGAACCAGCUGCUGCAGAGGGAGAUGGAGGAGUUCUUUGCCACCCUGGGAAGCUUGACUGUGGGGACCAAAGGGGCCAGAGCCCCUGAGUGAAAGGAGCAGAAAUACCUGUCUGUAUAUGUCUGCUCACUCUCCCUGCAGGGCUGGCCACAGGCUGCAGAGGAAGCCAGAAGCUCCAAGUUUGGGCCAGUCCGCCAGCAGGGCCAUCUGUCCCCAAGCGCCAAGUAGAAAGAGCCUGACAGCCCCCAGGGACUGUCAGGACCCCACAUAGUCCAGGCAGGAUCUGGAUGCUUCUCCAAACCUCUGGGUCCCAGCAGGUGUCAGAGGGGACAGUGCCAAGGCGAGCAUUAGCCCCUCAUCCAGGAAAAAUCCCCAAUGGCCAUCCGUAAGGACGGCACCUAAGGGCAGGGCCACCGCCAAGAACGUCACUCCUUAUUAAAUGUGCUCUGAAAGCAUGGUGCCUGUCACCAGCCUCAUUCUUCACGUCUGUGCCAAGUGAGUUUACCCAGUGAAAGGCUGAGUGUCCCCCGGUGAAGCUUCCUGAGGGUCCCAGCACUGUGGUUGGGGACGCCACUCUUUCAGCUCUCCCACCUCAGAGCCUUUGUGGCUACUUCUUGCCCUGCAAGGUUCCCUGGGCGGCCCUCUGCAAGGGGUUCAGCUCUGCUCCAGAGGGCUGGGCCUGCAGGAGAGCAGAGCUGGUGGGCCCUCUAGGUGUCUCUCACUUUAUACUGGGCCUGGCCCACCUUCCAGAUCUGGGAGUGAGAGUGGCCACAUAAUUUCCAUAUCUAUCCACUCCUCUAGACAUCCUCAGACCUCAAGUGUCCCCCUCUACCCCACCACCAGCCUACAGGCAGCUCAGAUGGAUUCUGGUAGCUGCAACAAAAUACAGAAACAAUUUAGGAAGGCCCUCAGCUGGCGUGGCGUGAGAACUGACCGAGCUGGAGCAAUGGGAACCUGAGACAGCUGGUCACAUAUCCACUAGGCCAUGGGUCUUCCUUCCUCUGGAGGAAAUAUUCUAGAAAUGCCCGGAAGUCCGUCUCCUAAGUUUCUAAGUGCAGUCAAGCAGACAAUAAAGACUGAUCAUCACACAGGCCUGGCUGGGAGAAGACUGGCCUCACACACAGCCAUUGCUUCUUCUACUUGGUGUCUACAUGUGUAACCUCUUGCUCCCCACUUAAGCAGUAACCUCUGGUGAGUGGGGUGUGGAGAGGGUAGGGGACUAAAGAAGUCACCCAAGUAGCCCAGUUCUGAUUACCAUAUGGAAAGGUCAUUAAGCCUCUAAUGUCUACUUGCCUGGUCUCAGGUAUCAUGUCUGACAACACCCAGGCAGGAGAAUGGCCAGGAUGGCAAUGCUACCAGGUAGCACUGGCUACUAAUACAAGGCCAUAUGCUCCUACCCCCGUGGUAAGGCAGACUGACAUCUGACCUCUGACUGUCCUUAGGAAGCUGACUGGAGAUUUCUACAACUGGGAUGCCUGCCAAGGACCCUCCCAGCUUCGGAGGUCAGGGCCAGAGUGUCACUGGGAGUGCUAAGGGGCCAAUGGAGCUGUUAGUCUGUGCCGCUGCAGCCAGCCCGCAUUCCUUGCCCAAAGGUAGAACACCACCCUCCCCUGUAUUCCGAGAAGGAAAACUAAAGUGACUUUGAUUCCGCAGAACCUCCCACAUGGCAAUAUGGUCUACAACUCCUCCAUGGGAGGGGACGUAGCCUGGGAGAAGUUAGGUGGGACCACCAGUGCAUUCCCGUGAUCCUGCUGUGUUCUCUCACCACAGUUUUAGAACUCUGCUGAGUUCACCUGAAGCAAAAAUGCCACCAGCUUCCAGGACCAGUGUGGGGAGGAAGGGCCUUCUAACCACAGCAGGCCCGCAGCCUGCCAGCACCAACAGGAGAGACAGUUCACAAGCCAAGGCUGCCGCCUGCUGGCAAAAUACAUCUAGGCACGUAGGAUCUUUAUGGAAACUUAAUAACAGCUCUGUAAGGCACUCUCCACCUGUCUAGACAUUGGACUUCUGUGUGUAAAGCACUGAGCACCCGAGGCUCACCCAUGGUGGGUUCUUCGUCCUGGAACCUCUCAUCCUUUUAUUCUCUUCCCAUUAGGUUAUGUUUACACAAACUGUUCCAAGCCUAUAGGUUCCAGCCAUACUUAUACAAGAAUAACCUCACUAAUAUUAAGUCAAAAAUGAAUUAUGAACAUGAGCAGGUGGGGAAUGAGGGUUUUUUUUGUUUGUUUUUUAAAUCUGGUGAAGUUCUCUAUAAAGAGUGAGCAGAGGCUAUUGCUAAAAACAUCACCAAGUUAAGCAGGGAUGAAUCAUUGUGAAGUAAGAACUGUUUGAAGAUAAAUUAGGAUUCUGACCACAGGUUACUUCAGACAUGUUUUAAAAUUUGGUUUUGGGGACUGGAGAGAUGGCUCAUUGGUUAGGAGUACUUACUGCUCUUUCAGAGGACCAGGGUUCGGUUCCUAGCAUGUACACGUGGCUCACAAUGGUCUGUAACUCCAGUUCCAUGGGAUCUGUCCUCUGUUCGGGGCUCUGGUACUGCACGCACACAGUACAAUUGCAUAUAUGCAGCCA